AUGUCCACUUACUCUAAGAAUCUUUUCGACAUCCUUGGUGAUGGUGAGGUCCCUCGCCCCGCUCCCGUCAAGGAAGAGGCUCCUGUCGUUAUUGACAAGAAGUCCGUCUCCAAGAUCAACAAGGAUGCUGCUCGUGCCGCCAAGGGUGGUAAGCCUACCAAGGGUGCCCGUCAACAAAACGGUCGUCCUCAACGUGGUCGUCAAUUCGAUCGUCACUCCGGUACCGGUAUUGUUGAUACUGAAAAGAAGGUCAACAAGGGCUGGGGUAAGGCUGGUGCUUCUGAAGCCGAAGCUGCUAAGGACACUCUUAACCCUGCUGACCCCGAUGCUCCUGAAGCCGAGGCUGCUGCCCCUGUUGAAGAAGAGGAACAAGUCAAGACUUUGGAUGAAUACUUGGCUGAGAAGGCUAACAAGUCUUUGAAGGUUUCUCUUCCUGAAGCCCGUAAGGCUAACGAUGCCGAUGAUUCCGCUUUCAAGGGUACCGUUGCCUUUGCCAAGGAAGAAUUUGAGGAGUUCUACGUCUCCAAGGAGACCAAGACCAAGAAGACCACCGAGAAGGUCCGCAAGGAAAAGGUCUUUGUUGAAAUUGAGCAACGUUUCCAAGAGAAGGCUCGUCCCGAGUUCCGCAAGAACGAUCGUCGUGGUGGUCGUGGUGGUAACAACAACAAGAACAACCGUCGUUCCACCAAGAACGCUGCUGCCCCCGCUGUCAACCUCCAAGAUGCCUCUGCUUUCCCUACUCUCGGUGCUACCGCUUAA